UACUGCAGCACCGGGUUUCAGAGGCUACUUGUUUAUGAGUUUGUUCCCAACAAUACAUUGGAAUUUCAUUUACAUGGAAAUGGACGACCAACGAUGGAUUGGCCAACAAGAUUGCGAAUUGCUUUAGGAUCUGCAAAAGGACUUGCUUAUCUUCAUGAAGAUUGUCAUCCUAAGAUCAUUCAUCGUGAUAUUAAAGCUGCUAACAUCCUUCUCGAUUUUAAGUUUGAAGCAAAGGUUGCUGAUUUUGGUCUUGCAAAGAUUGCUUCCGAUCUCAACACUCAUGUUUCUACUCGAGUGAUGGGGACUUUUGGGUAUCUGGCUCCAGAAUAUGCAGCAAGUGGAAAACUUACAGACAAAUCAGAUGUUUUCUCUUAUGGAGUCAUGCUCCUUGAGCUAUUAACUGGACGUCGAUCGGUUGAUAAAAAUCAGACUUACAUGGAUGAUAGUUUGGUGGAAUGGGCUAGGCCUUUGCUCAUGCGUGCUUUAGAAGAAAAUAAUUUAGAUUCUCUGAUUGAUCCAAGACUUCAGAAUGAAUUUGACCCUAGUGAGAUGACGCAUAUGGUAGCAUGUGCUGCAGCUUGCACACGCCACUCAGCAAAGCGUCGACCAAGGAUGAGCCAGGUUGUGCGUGCCUUAGAAGGAGACGUGUCACUAGCAGAUCUUAAUGAAGGAGUAAGACCUGGACACAGCAGUGUCUACAGUUCUUACGAAAGGUGGAUUCAGAGCUACAAUUCAAAUUUUUUUGUUUUGCAGGCAUAUCAAGAGGAGACUGAAUAGCUCAAGCUUCUUGCUGAAUGGAAGAGAAAGAAAGGUGGAUUCAGAGCUACCAUGUUUGUUUUUGGAAACUUGGUGGCGGCUCAAGUUGCGACAGAAAUCGGUUGGAGCGAGUUUGCGAUUUCAAUGUUUUCACUAGGAAUGGUACAUUAUUUGCAGGCCAGGACUGUUCAAGAAAACUAUAAAAAGAAAGCUGCAAUAAAGAAGAUGGACAUGAAAGCAUCAAAAGAAUUUUUUGCCGAGCUUAAGGUGUUAACGCGUGUUCAUCACUUGAACUUGGUAAGGUUGAUUGGAUAUUGCAUUGAAGGUUGAUUGGAUAUUGCAUUGCCGGAAUGGACUUGUCUCUUACAAUAUUGAAAAAUGCACACACUGCUAGAGAACUAAAAUGCACGCCAAAAUUGGACUAUACUUUUGAAUUAGUAACUCCUGCAACUGCACAGCCUUGGUUUUUCACAAGUCUCACCGAUGUAUUGGACGUUGAUUCACAUGUAAUCUUUUCCAUCGAUCUUUUGUAUUUACUUUAAUCCACUUAAUCUAUU